AUGGCUUCGAAGAUUGACUGGAUCGUCAUUAUUCCGGACCACGACGGCGCCUUGGAGAAGCGCAUGGCCGCUCGCCCAGAACAUCUGGCCGGUCUGGCGCCGCGCGUCGAGUCGGGGGCCUGGACUAUGGGAGGCGCCACCACGGCGCAUCCGCCCAUCGAGGGCCAGCAGAAGCCGUUCAAUGGCAGCUGCAUCGUCGCCCAUGCAGCCACGCAGGACGAGGUCCUGGCCGAGAUCAAAAAGGACAUUUACGCCACGUCGGGCGUCUGGAACCUCGACAAAAUCAUCAUACGGCCGCUCAUGACGGCCUUCCGCAAGGAGUUGGCAGGUGCCGCGUGGUAA